UCUGGAAUACUAGCGCACACUCCUCAUUCAGCUGAGCGCGGGACUCUGCAUUAAUUCAAGAGCAAUGUUCUGUGAUGGUGCCCGAGAUGCGUGGACUGAGCCCAGGCCGCAGGCUGCCCGAGCCCACCCCCUACCCAGCCGCCGGCGGGAGCCCUGAGCCGGGGUCUGUGGGCCACCACCACCACCACGUGCUGGCUCUGCCUGAGGAGGAGGCAUGGCGGCCCCAGCAGUGCGCCCUGCUGGAGGCCGAUGCCUCCGACGAGGCGGGCAUGCUGCCGGCCUCCCCACGUGCCACCGCCUCCGGCUUCGACAACUUCUUCCCGGUGCAGGAGGGCGAGGGUGCCGGCUGGGAGUGCGGCUCCAGCCCCUUCCUCCCUGUGAGCCCCGAGGUGAUGAAGCGGAGGCGCGGGGGCCUCAUCGAGCAGCGGGACAUCAUCAAAGCCCACGAGGCGCACAAGAUGCAGAGCACCCCGCAGGCCCGGCGGAAGGAGUGGGAGAUGGCUCGCUUCGGGGAGGCGGCGGUCGGCAGGCCGGCGUCCGGCGAUGGAGACUCGGACCAGAGCAGGAACCGGCAAGGAACCCCGGUGCCAGCCUCGGGGCCGGCGGCCGCCUACAAGCAGUCGAAAGCGCAGAGGGCGCGGACUAUGGCUUUGUACAACCCCAUUCCCGUCCGGCAGAACUGUUUCACCGUCAACAGAUCCCUGUUCAUCUUCGGAGAAGAUAACAUUGUCAGGAAAUACGCCAAGAAGCUCAUCGAUUGGCCGCCCUUUGAGUACAUGAUCCUGGCCACCAUCAUCGCCAACUGCAUCGUCCUGGCUCUGGAGCAGCAUCUUCCCGAGGACGACAAGACCCCGAUGUCCCGCAGGCUGGAGAAGACGGAGCCGUAUUUCAUUGGGAUCUUUUGCUUUGAAGCUGGGAUCAAAAUCGUGGCCCUGGGGUUCAUCUUCCACAAGGGCUCAUACCUCCGCAAUGGCUGGAAUGUCAUGGACUUCAUCGUGGUUCUCAGUGGCAUCCUGGCCACGGCGGGAACCCACUUCAACACACACGUCGACCUGAGGACCCUGCGGGCCGUGCGUGUCCUGAGGCCCCUGAAGCUCGUGUCCGGGAUACCCAGCCUGCAGAUCGUGCUGAAGUCCAUCAUGAAGGCCAUGGUGCCGCUCCUGCAGAUCGGCCUCCUGCUCUUCUUCGCCAUCCUGAUGUUCGCCAUCAUCGGCUUGGAGUUCUACAGCGGGAAGCUGCACCGCGCGUGCUUCACGAACAAUUCAGGUAUUCUGGAAGGAUUCGACCCCCCUCACCCGUGUGGCGUGCAGGGCUGUCCUGCUGGUUACGAGUGCAGGGACUGGAUCGGCCCCAACGACGGGAUCACCCAGUUCGAUAACAUCCUUUUCGCUGUGCUGACUGUCUUCCAGUGCAUCACCAUGGAAGGGUGGACCACCGUGCUGUACAAUACCAAUGAUGCCUUAGGAGCCACCUGGAAUUGGCUGUACUUCAUCCCCCUCAUCAUCAUUGGAUCCUUCUUCGUUCUCAAUCUAGUCCUGGGAGUGCUUUCGGGGGAAUUUGCCAAAGAGAGAGAAAGAGUGGAGAACCGGAGAGCUUUCAUGAAGCUGCGGCGCCAGCAGCAGAUUGAGCGGGAGCUGAACGGGUACCGCGCCUGGAUAGACAAAGCAGAGGAAGUCAUGCUUGCCGAAGAAAAUAAAAAUGCUGGAACGUCAGCCUUGGAAGUGCUUCGGAGGGCCACCAUCAAACGCAGCCGGACGGAGGCCAUGACCCGAGACUCCAGCGAUGAGCACUGUGUCGAUAUCUCCUCUGUGGGCACCCCUCUCGCCCGAGCCAGCAUCAAAAGCACAAAAGUGGAUGGCGCCUCCUAUUUCCGGCACAAGGAAAGGCUUCUGCGCAUCUCCAUCCGCCACAUGGUUAAGUCCCAGGUGUUUUACUGGAUAGUGCUGAGCCUUGUGGCUCUCAACACUGCCUGUGUGGCCAUCGUCCAUCACAACCAGCCCCAGUGGCUCACACACCUCCUCUACUAUGCAGAAUUUCUGUUUCUGGGGCUCUUCCUCUUGGAGAUGUCCCUGAAGAUGUACGGCAUGGGGCCUCGCCUUUAUUUUCACUCUUCCUUCAACUGCUUUGAUUUUGGGGUCACAGUGGGCAGCAUCUUCGAAGUGGUCUGGGCAAUCUUCAGACCUGGCACGUCCUUUGGGAUCAGUGUCUUGCGAGCUCUUCGGCUUCUAAGAAUAUUUAAGAUCACGAAGUACUGGGCAUCCCUGCGGAAUUUGGUGGUCUCCUUGAUGAGUUCUAUGAAGUCGAUCAUCAGUUUGCUCUUCCUCCUCUUCCUCUUCAUCGUUGUCUUUGCUCUCCUAGGAAUGCAGCUGUUUGGAGGCAGGUUCAACUUUAAUGACGGGACCCCUUCAGCGAACUUCGACACUUUCCCUGCGGCCAUCAUGACUGUGUUCCAGAUCCUGACAGGUGAGGACUGGAAUGAGGUGAUGUACAACGGGAUCCGCUCCCAGGGUGGGGUCAGCUCAGGCAUGUGGUCAGCCAUCUACUUCAUUGUGCUCACCUUGUUUGGAAACUACACACUGCUGAACGUGUUCUUGGCCAUCGCUGUGGACAAUCUGGCCAACGCCCAGGAGCUGACCAAGGAUGAGCAGGAGGAAGAGGAGGCCUUCAACCAGAAGCACGCACUGCAGAAGGCCAAGGAGGUCAGCCCGAUGUCCGCGCCCAACAUGCCCUCUAUCGAAAGAGACAGAAGGAGAAGACACCACAUGUCGAUGUGGGAGCCGCGCAGCAGCCACCUGAGGGAGCGGAGGCGCCGCCACCACAUGUCGGUGUGGGAGCAGCGCACCAGCCAGCUGAGGCGGCACAUGCAGAUGUCCAGCCAGGAGGCCCUCAACAAGGAAGAGGCCCCACCCAUGAACCCCCUCAACCCCCUCAACCCGCUGAGCCCCCUCAACCCACUCAACGCCCACCCGAGCCUCUACCGGAGACCCCGGCCCAUCGAGGGCCUGGCCCUGGGCCUGGGCUUGGAGAAGUGCGAGGAGGAGCGCAUCAGCCGUGGGGGGUCCCUCAAGGGCGAUGGAGGGGACCUCUCCGGCGCCCUGGACAACCAGAGAAGCCCCUUGUCCCUGCGCAAACGGGAGCCACCUUGGCUGGCCAGGGCCUGUCAUGGGAACUGUGACCCGACCCAGCAGGAGGCUGGGGGAGGGGAGACUGUGGUGACCUUCGAGGACCGGGCCAGGCACAGGCAGAGCCAGCGGCGCAGCCGGCACCGCCGAGUCCGGAUGGAAGGCAAGGAGCCCUCCUCCGCCUCCCAGAGCCGGUCUGCCAGCCAGGAACGGAGUCUGGAUGACGGCGUGCCCACCGAGGGGGACAAGGACCAUGAGCCCAGGGGCGGCCACGGGGGCAAGGAGCCCACGAUCCAGGAGGAGGAGAGGGGCCUGGACUUGAGGAGAACCAACAGCCUGAUGGUGGCCAGAGGCGCCGGCCUGGCAGGGGCCCUUGAUGAGGCUAACACUCCCCUCGUCCUGCCCCACGUGGAGCUGGACGUGGGCAAGGCGCCGCCGGAGCGGGAGCCCGAGGGCAGCAGUGAGCAGGCGUUGCUGGGGGAUGUGCGGCUGGAUGUGGGCCGGGUCAUCAGCCAGAGUGAGCCCGACCUCUCCUGCGUCACGGCCAACACGGACAAGGCUGCCACCGAGAGCACCAGCGUCGCGGUGGCCAUCCCCGACGUGGACCCCUUGGUGGACUCGACCGUAGUGCACAUCAGCAACAAGACUGACGGCGAGGCCAGCCCCUUGAAGGAGGCGGAGAUGAAAGAGGAGGAGGAGGAGGAGCUGGGGCAGAAGAAGCAGAAGAAGGAGAAGCGAGAGGGCAAGGCCAUGGUGCCCCACAGCUCCAUGUUCAUCUUCAGCACCACCAACCCGAUCCGCAGGGCCUGCCACUACAUCGUGAACCUGCGCUACUUCGAGAUGUGCAUUCUCCUGGUGAUCGCGGCCAGCAGCAUCGCCCUGGCAGCCGAGGACCCCGUCCUGACCAACUCAGAGCGCAACAAAGUCCUGAGGUAUUUCGACUACGUUUUCACCGGUGUGUUCACCUUCGAGAUGGUCAUUAAGAUGAUAGACCAGGGCUUGAUUCUGCAGGACGGGUCCUACUUCCGAGACCUGUGGAACAUCCUGGACUUCGUGGUGGUGGUCGGUGCACUGGUGGCCUUCGCUCUGGCAACCAACAAGGGACGGGACAUCAAGACCAUCAAGUCUCUGCGGGUGCUGCGAGUUCUGAGGCCGCUGAAGACCAUCAAGCGCUUGCCCAAGCUCAAGGCCGUCUUUGACUGCGUGGUGACCUCGCUGAAGAACGUAUUCAACAUACUCAUUGUCUACAAGCUCUUCAUGUUCAUCUUCGCCGUGAUCGCCGUUCAGCUUUUCAAGGGGAAGUUCUUCUACUGCACCGACAGCUCCAAGGACACGGAGAAGGAAUGCAUAGGCAGCUAUGUGGACCAUGAGAAAAACAAGAUGGAGGUGAAAGGUCGGGAGUGGAAGCGCCACGAAUUCCACUACGACAACAUCAUCUGGGCCCUGCUGACCCUCUUCACCGUCUCCACGGGGGAAGGAUGGCCGCAAGUUCUGCAGCAUUCUGUCGACGUGACGGAGGAGGACCGAGGCCCGAGCCGCAGCAACCGCAUGGAGAUGUCCAUCUUCUACGUGGUCUACUUUGUGGUCUUCCCUUUCUUCUUUGUCAACAUCUUUGUGGCUCUCAUCAUCAUCACCUUCCAGGAGCAAGGCGACAAGAUGAUGGAGGAGUGCAGCCUGGAGAAGAACGAGAGGGCGUGCAUCGACUUCGCCAUCAGCGCCAAGCCCCUCACCCGCUACAUGCCGCAGAACAGGCACACCUUCCAGUACCGCGUCUGGCACUUCGUGGUGUCCCCGUCCUUCGAGUACACCAUCAUGGCCAUGAUCGCCUUGAACACCAUCGUGCUGAUGAUGAAGUACUACUCUGCUCCCUGCACUUACGAACUGGCCCUGAAGUACCUGAACAUCGCCUUCACCAUGGUGUUUUCCUUGGAAUGUGUCCUGAAGAUCAUCGCCUUCGGCUUCUUGAACUAUUUCCGAGACACUUGGAAUAUCUUCGACUUCAUCACCGUGAUCGGCAGCAUUACAGAAAUCAUUCUGACCGACAGCAAGCUGGUGAACACCAGUGGCUUCAACAUGAGCUUUCUGAAGCUCUUCCGCGCCGCCCGCCUCAUCAAACUCCUGCGUCAGGGCUACACCAUCCGUAUUUUACUGUGGACCUUCGUGCAGUCCUUUAAGGCCCUCCCUUACGUCUGCCUUUUGAUUGCCAUGCUUUUCUUCAUCUACGCCAUCAUCGGGAUGCAGGUGUUUGGAAACAUCAAAUUAGACGAGGAGAGUCACAUCAACCGGCACAACAACUUCCGGAGUUUCUUUGGGUCCCUCAUGCUGCUCUUCAGGAGCGCCACCGGGGAGGCCUGGCAGGAGAUCAUGCUGUCCUGCCUCGGGGAGAAGGGCUGUGAGCCCGACACCACGGCGCCGGCGGGGCAGAGCGAGAGCGAGCGCUGUGGCACCGACCUGGCCUACGUGUACUUCGUCUCCUUCAUCUUCUUCUGCUCCUUCUUGAUGCUCAACCUGUUCGUGGCCGUCAUCAUGGACAACUUCGAGUACCUGACUCGGGACUCGUCCAUCCUGGGGCCGCACCACUUGGACGAGUUUGUUCGUGUCUGGGCAGAAUAUGACCGAGCUGCGUGUGGCCGCAUCCAUUACACUGAGAUGUAUGAAAUGCUGACUCUCAUGUCACCACCGCUAGGCCUCGGCAAGAGAUGUCCCUCCAAAGUGGCAUAUAAGAGGUUGGUCCUGAUGAACAUGCCUGUAGCCGAGGACAUGACAGUCCACUUCACCUCCACCCUGAUGGCUCUGAUCCGCACAGCUCUGGACAUCAAAAUCGCCAAAGGCGGUGCUGACAGGCAGCAGCUGGACUCGGAGCUGCAGAAGGAGACCCUGGCCAUCUGGCCUCACCUGUCCCAGAAGAUGCUCGAUCUGCUUGUGCCCAUGCCUAAAGCCUCUGACCUGACCGUGGGCAAAAUCUAUGCGGCAAUGAUGAUCAUGGACUACUAUAAGCAGAGUAAGGUGAAGAAGCAGAGGCAGCAGCUGGAGGAGCAGAAAAACGCCCCCAUGUUCCAGCGCAUGGAGCCCUCGUCUCUGCCGCAAGAGAUCAUCGCCAAUGCCAAAGCUCUGCCUUACCUGCAGCAAGAGCCAGUCACAGGCCUGAGCGGCCGGAGUGGGUGCCCUUCGAUGAGUCCGCUCUCCCCGCAGGAAAUAUUCCAGCUGGCGUGCAUGGACCCCGCCGACGACGGGCAGUUCCAGGAGCAGCAGUCCCUGGAGCCAGAGUUUAGUGAAUUAAAAAGCGUGCAGCCCUCUAACCAUGGCAUCUACCUUCCUCCGGACACCCAGGAGCAUGCGGGAUCUGGGAGGGCAUCCUCUUUGCCACGCCUGACUGUGGAUCCCCAGGUGGUAACAGACCCCAGUUCCAUGAGACGGUCCUUUUCCACCAUCCGGGACAAGCGCUCAAACUCCUCUUGGUUGGAGGAAUUCUCCAUGGAGCGAAGCAGCGAAAACACUUACAAGUCCCGGCGCCGGAGCUACCACUCCUCCCUGCGGCUGUCGGCCCAUCGCCUGAACUCGGACUCGGGCCACAAGUCCGACACGCACCGCUCAGGAGGCAGAGAGCGGGGCCGAUCGAAAGAGCGAAAGCACCUUCUCUCCCCCGACGUCUCCCGCUGCAACUCCGAGGAGCGAGGGACCCAGGCCGACUGGGAGUCCCCAGAGCGACGUCAGUCCCGGUCUCCCAGUGAGGGCAGGUCGCAGACCCCUAACAGACAGGGCACGGGUUCCUUGAGUGAGAGCUCCAUCCCAUCCAUGUCCGACACCAGCACCCCAAGACGAAGUCGUCGGCAGCUCCCCCCUGUCCCUCCAAAGCCUCGGCCGCUCCUUUCCUACAGCUCCCUGAUUCGACAUACAGGGAGCACCUCUCCCCCCGCGGAGGGCAGUGAGGGCGGCUCCCCGCUGACCUCCCAAGUUCUGGAGAGCGAUGACGCCGGCCUGCCCGAGGCCUCCAGGUCCCGGCACGCUUCGCACGGCCACCCCUCCCCGCAGCGCUACAUCUCCGAGCCCUACCUGGCCCUGCACGAAGACUCCCACGCCUCGGACUGUGGCGAGGAGGAGACACUCACGUUUGAAGCGGCCGUGGCCACCAGCCUGGGCCGUGCCAAUACCAUCGGCUCAGCCCCACCCCUGCGACACAGCUGGCAGAUGCCCAACGGGCACUAUCGGCGGCGGAGGCGUGGAGGACCGGGGCCAGGCACGGUGUGUGCAGCUGUGGGUGACCUCCUGAGUGACACGGAAGAGGACGACAAGUGCUAGAGGCUGCUCCCCCCUCCGAUGCAUGCUCCCUCACACGGAGAAAACCAAGACCGAGUUGGGAAGCCAGUGUGGCCCGGGGGGAGGAAAAGGGAAGGACAGCGUGUGUUAUCCGAGAAGGGGGACAGGGCAGAAGGCAAACCAGCCGCACCCACCAAAUUGCUUUACUUCCCUUUGCAAGAUGGGCACUGCCAUAGUUCUGCCUCUUUGCUGGGGAGAGAGGACACAGGAACACGGAGGGCCAUUCCCAUGGGGAAGGGGCCCCCAGGACAGCUUUGCUUGCACUGCCCCUUCCGCUCUUUUAAAAGCCAGGGAGGACUCGCGCUGGCCUGUGUCUACGCCCAUUGCCCUGCGAGGCCUGGAAGCCUUUCUGACCCUUAACUGGGGGGUUGCGGAGAUGCUCCGAGGGGAGUCCCCUCCCUCCUUCACCAGCUCCCCAGCCAGCACCAAUGCCACCGGGGCAGCUGCCUCUCAGGGGUCAACCUGUGGCUUGCUUCCCCAAAGCAGCUCAGACUGAGUUCAGAAGCAUCAGAUGCCAAGGAGAGGGGCAGGGAGGGAGGAAACGCUGGCAUGGAGGGGUCAGGGUGCUGUGGCGGCCACAGCAGCAGCCAGGGCUAGUCUGGAUGAGCAAAGCCAUAGCCCAGCCGCCCACAUCAUGCAGGGGAGUCUCGGCGAAGGGAAGAGUUGGCGGUGCUGGUGGGCCAGGCCUGUCCCCCACAGCGGUGCUUCAGGUGUCUGGCUGAGGUCCCCCAGGGCCCAGCAGCACUGGGAAGGGUGUUUUAAGAGUCUGUACAACCCCUGUGGCCAGGGCACCCGCUGAUGAGACUGGGGUCCAGUCUAGGGCUGGUCUCGGGAGUCCGGCAGGCAGGGGCAGUGUGGCAGCAGCGGGACUCAGGCAGAGUCUGCUUUCCAACCAGAACAGGAGUCCUCAAGGACAGGGACCAGCACGUCCCGCCUGGAAGGCAGCGGGCCUCUGUCUGGCAGCAGGGCCCAGCCUUCCCUGCCGCUCCCCCAGGAGGAGAACAUACCUAGUGGGGACUUCGAUGGAGGCCGGGAAGGCCGACACACCCAAACAGAAGCUUCAAGAGGAGUUGGAGUUUGCUGAGGACCUCCUGUGGGGGGAGCCCUCCAUCCUGAGCUUCUGCAGCUGGUUUGUGGCUGAGGGUCUGUGUGCCUGGAGCCUUCAGAGGGGAUUAGCAAAUAUACCUCAGUGAGACGGGGCUGGUCCUUCUGGUGAAGCAGGCUCUAAUGGGGCCUUGUUACACACCACGCGACAAGCCUGGGGCCCUGCCUGUUGAGGGGCCAGAACCACACUCUGCCCCCUCCCUGAGUAAGAGCUGAGCAGAGGACAGCCUCAGGUUAUCCUUCCCAACCCUCGAAACUCAGAAGUAUUGAAAAAGGGAGCCCUUACUUGGCAAAUCGGUGUAAUUGCCCAUUUGGCGGAACACAUCGCUGUGCUGUCUGUAUCAGGUGGAAAUGUACUGUCCCCUUAAGUCCCUCUGCAGUCCCCCAGCACCAUCCCAGUGGGUGGAGGGGUCCCCUUUCCCAGCCAGCAGCAGGCAGGGCCUGCCACACCGAAGCCUCCACGGGACAAGGCAGUGGC